AAUCAAGCACUGUAAUUGGGCAAAAAGAAAACCCUAAUUUCCAUUGAUUUCAAUACUCCAUAUCUCAAAAUAGAGAUUAUGAUUAAAUAGAUAAACUAAAAUAAUUCAUCAGCAAACGGAAACAUUCAAGAAUCAAGAUCAUCAGCCCUGAAUAUAUUAACAAAAUGAGCAAACCUGAGGAACUUGAAAGGAAGAUUCUCCAUAAGAAGCUCAAAGAUGUUGAGAUUAGCAUUCCGAUAGUUUACGGAAACAUCUCAUUCUGGCUUGGAAAAAAGGCGAAUGAGUAUCAGUCACAUAGAUGGACUUUGUAUGUACGUGGGGCCACAAAUGAGGACCUUGGCGUGGUGAUUAAGCGAGCUGUUUUUCAGUUGCAUUCCAGUUUCAAUAAUCCAACAAGAGUCAUUGAGUCACCGCCGUUUGAGAUAACAGAAACAGGAUGGGGUGAAUUUGAGAUUGUUAUCACACUGUACUUCCACCAUGACGUUUGUGAUAAACCGUUGAAUUUAUAUCAUAAUUUAAAAUUGUACCCAGAGGAUGAAUCUGGCCCUAUGUCAACCAAGAAGCCUGUUGUUGUGGAAUCAUAUGAUGAAAUUGUAUUCCCUGAGCCUUCUGAGGAUUUCUUUGCUCGUGUGCAAAGUCAUCCUGCUGUAACUUUACCCAGAUUACCUGCUGGCUUUACUUUGCCUCCACCUGUAAUGGUGGAGGAUGCAAGUAAAAGGAGGAGAGGUGACACUAAAGAUCAUCCUCUGAGUCAAUGGUUCAUGAACUUUUCUGAAGCAGAUGAGCUGUUACAGCUUGCGGCAGCUCGCCAGCAGGUUCAAGCACAUAUUGCAAAACUCAAACGGCAAAUAAGCUUGAUAGAUGGAUUGCAUCAACAAUUGAAAAUUCCCUCUGAUCCGUGACUCUGCAGUACUAUUGCAAUUUUCUUGAGAUCUCUGCUCCGCCUUUUUCUGAAGCAGCAGCACAUGAUGGAAUAGGCAAUAUUUACUGUUUCAACUGUGGGGAGUUUUGUCCCUUUCCCUUUUCAAAUUUUCUUUUUAUCUUCUUUUUUUGUCCCCCAUUAUUCUUAUAUUGCAAAAUUUAUCUCUGUACUAUUAAAGAAAAUAAAAAAGUUGUAUACUUUGAGUAUUUAGCAGUAAAAGGUUGGUUUUAACAAA